CCUGACACCUCUUUUACUAAAAAUGCCCCCCAAAUGGGCGCUUGUGAUUUACAGCAUGACCCGAAUAUAAGUAAUGACAUUUUUGGAAUAAUGAAUAGCUUCUUGAUAAGUCUAUGAGAACCUAGACUGUUAUAUGAUAAGUACGUGAGCGUAAAGCUUCAAAUCUCAGGGAUGGUAAGGGGACAAACGGUACAUGCUGACUAAGGGGCUAUGACAUAAUUCUCCCUAGGGAUCGGCCUCGAGCUCCCUUUAAGCUACCCAGCCCACCUCUACCUAACCUACAUGCACUCACUCACUCAUAUGCCCUAUUUGCACAAAUACAUGCUUAGAACCCAACAUAUUUGCCAUAUCACCCAGCACAGCACAGCACAGCACAACAAUUAUACAGACUUUUUCUUUUUCUUCAAAAAAAAAACCAUGGCCCGGAUGCCCAAGUUCUACUCGCCCUACGGCCCGCGGCCGAAGCGCUCGGCGCAGCUCAUCGCCGUCUGGAUGGCGAUCCUGGUGUUCGCACUCGCCGUCACGUUCUACCUGACUGGUAGGGAGGGCGGGGCGACGCUGACCCCGUCGUAUGCGGGGAUGGGGAAGGUGGUGGAUGAGGUGGGGAAGGAGAAGGUGAAGGGGGAGGGGGAGAGGAAGGAUAGGUUCGGGGGUCGGAGGGGGGCGAAGAUGGUGCCGUGAAUGGUGGAUGGUGGAUGGGUAUAUAUAUAUGGUUUUGAGAAGGGAGGUGGGAGUGAGUGAGUGGUGAGAGGGGAGGGAGAGGGGGUUAUGGUUUGUAUCAAUGUGGUGGUUUUUUUCGGAUAAGGGUUUUCUUCGUAUGUCUUAAGGUUAAUGUAUUGUAAGGAAAAGGUAUGAGUUUGGGAUUGGGGUUGGCUAUGCGCGGUAUAUACCUACAGACCAGUGACUUCGCGCCCGAUGAGAUGUCUUCUCGAUGAAAUAAUUAAAAGGGGAAAUGAGAGGUAUGGUGGUAUAUGAAGAACUUGGUAAAUUGGUUACCUCCCAAGAUAAUACUUGAAAAUGGAAGCAUUUAUUGCGAAGAUGCCGAUUAUAGCAUCUAAGACUUACAUGAUAGCUUCAAUUUCAAUUUAAUAAUCGUGUUACACAUUGAAUAAUCGCCAAUAUCCAACUAAGUGCAUAGGCAUUUUUUUCACAUGUAAGACUUUGUUCAGCCCUCGAAUGAAUGAGUGACUGAGUGACUG